AUGGAGAAAAAGGGAAGUUCUUCUACUCUUAAUUUAAAAUCAUACAAACUCCCUCUUCCUUUUCCUAAAAGAUUUCUUAAGGCUAACUUGGAUAAGCAAUUUGCUAAAUUUCUAGAGGUGUUUCAAAAGUUGCAUAUUAACAUUCCUCUUCUUGAUGCUAUUUCUCUUAUACCAAGUUAUGCCAAUUUUUUUAAGGAAAUAAUUUCAAACAAUAGAAAAUUGGAGGAGUUUGAGAUGGUAAAACUUAAUGAGGAAUGCUCAGCAAUCCUACAAAAUAAAUUACCUCCAAAACUCAAGGAUCCAAGGAACUUCUCUAUUCCGUGCACCAUUGGCGAAAUUAAUUUUGAUAAGGCUUUAUGUGAUCUUGGUGCAAGCAUUAAUUUGAUGUCUUUUUCUGUCUUCAAGAAGCUUGGGUUGAAGGAGCCAACACCUACCACUAUUUCUCUACAAUUGGCUGACAGAAGUAUCAAAUUUCCAAGGGGAGUAGUGGAAGAUGUUUUGGUAAAAGUAGAUAAAUUUAUUUUUCCUAUUGACUUCGCCGUUUUGGAUAUGGAAGAAGAUUAUGAUAUUCCCCUAAUUUUAGGGAGACCUUUUCUUUCCACAAGAAGAGCUUUAAUUGAUGUCCAACAAGGAAAACUUAGCCUUAGGAUUAAUGAUGAUGAAGUUAUUUUUAAUGUGUUUAAGGCUAUGAAACAUUCUAAUGAUGAAAAAGAAGUCUUAAUGAUAGAUUGCAUUGAUGAUUUGGUAGAAAGAAAAUUUCAUGCAUUUAGGUUAGAUGAUCCUAUAGAAAAUUGCAUUGCUAACUCUUUUAAUGUGAAUGACUAA